CCGUGACGAACUGGGCCACGUUUCACAGUAUAUACGAGAUCACACUACUCGGUAGCCAUACAUCUAGGUACUCGGAGGCGAGACGGUUGUAGUAUUGGUUCGCUGUAGAACCCAUUGGAUAGAGUAACAAUGUUUCUACGUUUAGUGUUUUCCCGAUCGACUUCGCUUUAUGGAUCUGUUUAUGUGUUGUAAUUCUGCUUGGGAUAUUUAUGUUGUACGCGGAUUGGUAAUGGCUACAGAAUAUUCUGAAGUCGGAUUGAUGACCAGAGUACAACAAGAAUACCUAGCACCAAAUAUGAAAAAAUAAGAUGUUUAAAGAAAUUAAAACGAAUGGCAUGUCUGGAGGUGGCGAGUGGACCUCUUCCGGUACUCCUCGGCCCGCAAUGAAAUCUCUGAGGACGCUUGUACUUUCGGAACACAUGGACGGGGAGCAACUGGAGGAAAUUAUUGCAGCAACCCCUCUGGAUUUAUCGGUGUUUAGUGUGCAAACAAAACCGACUCGUAAUGCGGAGAGUCCUUUAGAUUUAUCGUUAAAAACUAGAAAAAGAACGGCUGAUUCCACGGAUGAAAAUCAUAUACAAUUGUGUGUGUUUACGGGAUCAAAGCGAGUUUGUCAAGGGGUCGCAGGAACCCCGGAACCACUUGAUAGAGAAUUUCCUUCCCGACCUAGUUUAUCUGAAUACGAAGAUACACAUAGUGGAAAUCAAGGUGCUCUAUUUAAACGACAACUAAGUUCUGGGUUUGAUGCUAAACCAACCGUGAUCAAAAAUGGAUUUUCACUUGACAAAGGUUCCACUCCUCCACAUAGUCAGGAACAUCAAUAUCAUUAUUAUCAACAGAAACAACAUCAGCAACAGCAGCAGCAACACCAACAACAUUUACAACAGUUAAAAAUGCGUCAGCAAUCCUUACAGUCACCUCAGCAGGAUCUGUCGCCUCAACAGUUACUGUCUCAGAAGCACCAGCUAGAGCAGCAACGACAACAACAGUUGGGACAACAGAUGCAACUCGCUCAACAACAACAACAACAACAACAACAACAACAACAGCAUCAACAACAACAACAACUUUUAUCAAAACAUCACCAGUUGUCCCCACAACAGCAGUUGUCAAAACACCACCAGUUAUCGCAACAACAUCUGUCGUCACAGCAAUCGUUGUCACCACAGCAAUCGUUGUCAUCACAGCAACAGCAGAUUUCAUUACAACAGCAGUUAAUCAAACAACAACAACUGACACCUCAACAACAGCUGUCCCAACAUCACCAGCAAAAGUUGAAACAACAACAGCAGCAACAACAGAAGCUGCAACAGCAACAACAACUUCAUGGGUUUCAAAAUCACUCCCAAUAUAACAAGCAUGACCAUCAACAUAAAGCGAUGAGUCAAACAACACAACAGGAGCAAAUUCAUUCGAACACCUUUUUCCAACAGGAGCUGAAACAACGCCAACUACAGCGACAACAUCAUCUACAUCAUCAUCAACAACAACAACAACGACAGUCACGUGACGAUAUUGUUCACGAGAGGUAUAUGCAGCCCAAACUAUCUGAAAAGGCAUCCACUGCUUUGACAGGGUACGCCCCACAUCGACCCAGAAAACAGGACAUACAACCAGGCCAGCAGGCUCUCCCUGGCUAUGCAAUAUGUGAUAACACAAGAGCAGCUAACUCCUCACAGCACACGGACACGAGUAAACUCUUUUAUAGUAAACAGGUGGAGUCACGUGGUUCUAUUAGUCAACCAUUCACUGUUAAGCAUAGCGCAAUGGACGCUGCCGGGUUUUCAAACGAGCUACAAAAAACAUCAAUACAGAAACAAACAAAUGCUACAUAUUCCACAAGUGCUGGUCAUUCCGGAUUGACCAGCCUCUCCGUUAGCACCAAUGGUCAUUCGGGUGGUACAGUGCUCGCUGGCUCUAUUGGUCAUUCUGGUUAUUCCAACCACACCGGUCAGUCCGGCCGGACAACUGUAUCCGGUUUCGGUCCGUCCAAUAGCCUUCAGUAUUACAACAUGAGCGGGGGAACUAUGUCCCGGCGACAUUCCCCACAUUUUGAAGCCAUUCAACGAUGUAGUCCCGACAGCACAAUGUCUACGAAUUCCCCAAAACAAUUCCAUAGCGACACGGAAACGUAUAAUGACAGAUUAAAACAGCAAAGGGCCAUGAUGACUGCUGACCCAUCGCGACGGCUGGAGCAGGGCGCAGGGUUCACUUCCCACCUGACCCCUACAUCACAUACAUUCGCCGAGCCCCACUCGCCCGCUGGAACUACCAACGGGCCGAUGUACUCGCGCGAGAGUUCCCCGGGAGUUCUGUCGCGAGGCUCGCCUUCAUCGUACAGAGGACAUUCACCUUCCGCCCUGCGCCAACACUCUGUGCAGUCAAAGACAGGGUCACGCGGUAGCUCGCCCUCUGGUGGCCGUAAUGUAUUACCGUAUUUAUCCCACUCGCUGAGUCCCCUUGUGCAUAGUGCCAUGUCCUCACCUGUUGUCCCAAUGUCUCGUGCCACUGAGAGAUCCAUAAUUAAGGGCACGAGCGGUGUGUGUACAGCGCCAUCUAGCGACAAUCAAGGUAUUCAUUCCAACAAAAAUGUCUGUGAUAGUAAAAUCAGUGUACAGCAUUCGGUUUUUAAACAUUCUUCAGUGCAGCGCACUGCUCCAGAUCGUGUCCCGUCUGAUGGCGCUGCCGCAAAGCCGUCCGAUACCAUGGAUCAAAUCGUUAGGAUCAAGGAGGAAAAACCUUUUCCCGUCCCGAAGCAAGUACCAACAUAUAGGAGUGUCUUAAAUAAUGAGAAAGCUUUACAAACUGAUAUCAAAAAGGAAAAAUAUGUCAAAUGCCAAACAGUGACAGGUAACACCGAUGACGUCCGCAAGGCGGAAGAGCCCGAAAUUGAGAAAUAUACAUAUCCACUUACAAUAGCUAUUCCUGGGAGCGCAGCAGCAACUUCAACUAAUCAGUCCAGCCAAUCAACUGCCAAGGAAAACAAACCAUCUGAAACUGUGAUAGUGAAAGCUCCAAGACCAUAUUCGAAGAAACAGAUCAUCAUGAAUGCUGUUAACAAUGACGAAUGUUUGAAAAAAAUCGUAAACAUCGUCACUCCCCCAAGGCCUAAACCUACCCCCUAUGUCACAUCGGACCAACAUCAUCAGAAUUGUUUUCAAAAUCCUUCUCCUACGUUCCCCGAGUCCCCUAAGAUGCCCACUCUGAGCCCCCAGCAGAAGUUGUCGCCUGCCAUGGUAUCGCCUCUCAUAGGCGAACCGCCUACCCUCGACCCACCAGACGUGUCAUCACAGCGAUUGCGUUUAGACUCAAAGAUUUCAAUGUUACGAAAAUUUUCUCUUGGAGGAAUAAGUGAUAAGUCAGAAAGUCGUUUAGAGGAUAAUAGUGGUUUUGGUGAUGGAGAUAGCCGUUCAUGUCGUGGUGAUCAUUCCUUAAUGGGAGGUAACUCCUUCAGUAAAUGGAAUUCUGUGUAUAGUAAAAACAUCCCCGUAGCCAACGUAUCGCCGAUGGUGCACGGCCAUAGCACAACGUCAUCAAAAACAAAAGUUGACGUCACUAGACCGGAGUCAUGUGACCAUUUUAAAUGUGACAUCGAUCCAAAUAAGCCCGUUGACCAGAAACCGUCCAGUAUCAGUGUCAGUGAAACGUUUGGUGAUAUCAAGUUUGACGAGCGUUUUAUUGACGACGAUUUGCUAGUGUUAGAUAAAAAUGACGUUUCGACUUUUUCAAGAUCACGUAACAUGAUGAAAAGUUUAAAUCGACAGAAGCAAUUAUCAGAUGAACAGACAAACGAGCGUAAAACUGUGAUAUCCGACUGUCCUGUCCAGUCUGACGUGGAUGAGGAAGACUUAAUCCACGAGCGGAAAUAUUGUACAUCUCGAUCACAAUCGGCGGACAAGUCUCGAUCAUCCUCGGCCGACAAAUCACGGUCGUCCUCGGCCGACAAGACUCGAUCUCUGCUAGCGGAAAUCGCCAAUUCUGACGGCUAUGUGGCGGAGUCCAAGGUCAAGGCCAAGACUGAUGACCUCUUAACCGAUGACCCGGCAACACUUGGUCGGGAGGAGAGAGCUUUAUUGAGAGCUAUAAAACGGUUUGAGGAAAUGGAAGAGAGACCCGACCUACCCCCGUCAUCUCCUAAACCCACGAAACAAUCUAACACUAAACUCAAGGCUGACGAGAUAAGAAGGAAAGCUAGAGGAACUAAACAGCGCAUGAGCAGGACAGACCGUUUACUUGGAAGACAGAAAUGGAUCGGGAGGAGAAAGAAGAAAAAGAAGAUCGCCAAACCCAAGGGUUUCAUUGAUUUCAAACCAAAGGUGCUUGAACCCCGAACUCGAACCCAGGCAGCGGGUAAGAAGCCGACUUACGACCGUAAUGCAGCUUAUGAUCGAGAACUCACGCGCGAAGAAUGUCGGAAGGCGCUCAAGCGACGGGAGCGUUUGCGCCAAACAGCGCGGCGGAUUUGCCGUCGAAUGAGUGAAAAGCAAGAGAAGUUGGCUCAAGAGAGACGUUUGUCUACAGAGGAGGCCGCUACGAACAAGGAUUCUUCUGAAUCUGGGAAGGUUGCCGGGGAAAAUGGAAAUAAGGAAUCGGAGACGGACCAUUCCGGGAUGUGGGAAAUCGGGGACACCAGUUCGGCGUUAAGACAAACUCUCCGAAGCGGAAAGAGUAAAGGGGGUCUGAUGAUGACACUCCUGUUCAAACCGAAACACCUACGGUUUGGGUGCAGACAUAGUCCAAGACGCGGUGGGUACCAACUUCGAACCACCACGCUCAGGGACGCCAACGGCGCUCGCUCAAAACGCCUUGAACUCGAUAAUAAGCUCGAGGGUGCAAGGCGCAGAGGACAGGCAGCAAGGCGGAAAUUGAACGAUCAACGCCGACAGCACAGCACAGAGCAACAGGAACAACCGAGUCAUUUGGUGGCCGUCGGGAAUGUGACUGAUUCUGCGGAUGGUCCUCUUCCUUUCGUCGAUAAACAUUUGGAAGCUUCGUCUUUUGACGCCAAGGCCGAAUCCUCGAACGAUGGGUCAUACCCACUUCCGCCGGAAGUGAAGAAGCUUGCUGUAUGUCGUGAUACCGGGGAAACCAUUCUUCACAGAGCGGCCCGGAUGGGGCAUACGGAGAUUGCUCUCCAUUGCGUACAAUCUGGUCGUGUAGACGUGAAUGUGCGAGACAACGCGGGUUACACGCCUCUACACGAGAGUUGUGUGAGCGGACACCGGGGCAUCGCCCAUCUUCUCCUGUCCCGGGGGGCAAGCGUCAACUGUUCGUCGCAGGACGGCAUCAGACCAAUUCAUGAUGCCGUUGAAAAUGACAACGUCGAGCUUGUGCGCAUGCUCCUAGCUUUUGGUGCCGACCCGACGUUAUCGACAUAUGGUGGGAAAACCCCUCUAAAAAUAGCCCGAUCUGACAGAAUGAAACAACUCCUAGAAGGUCACCUUGGAGAUCUUAAUGGGUUCGCCAGUGACCAGGACCGUACCGUCUGGCCAUGUGCAGCUUUUGGAGCAGACGAUAAGACAUUCCCGGGUAUGGGCAUUUUCAACAACAUUCCUGCUGACCCUGCGGAGGAGGACGAAGGCGACUAUAUCAUGGAAUCACGUGACCCUGAAUUCACGUGCUUCAAACUCGCCAAGACGGACAACAAGAAUACGUCUGGGAAUCACGUGCUGUUGAAUGACGUCACAGAUUUUCUGCAGAUACGAUUGGACGAUGUCCUUAGUGAUAGUAGUGUAAAAUCCAUGGUUACAAACGUCUCCAAAACGAGACUUGCAGCGACAUCUUACGGCCAGACUCACCCUGAGCGCGUAUCACGAAUACCUGGCACCUCCGGAAAAGCAGUACCCUCGCGGGAUCUGAAAGAAGUGUUUGACAUUUGCUCUAAACGAAAAGCAGCUGCGAAAAGUGCCCUAGCUCAAUCAAAUUUCCCCCAUAAAUUCAAACAUUACAAGUUACAGAAAGGAUACGACUCGCAAUUCGAUACUCCUUCCACAAGUGCGCAUGUGCGGGAGACCAAUCGAUUUCAACAAGUCGGUAUCACAAAGUGCAAUUUUGAGGAAACUAACUCGAAAAAUUCGAUGGCGUCAUCGCGGGGAUGUAAACUGGACAUGCGCACUGCCACCGCAUCUUCAGACUGUACUAGCGUUUCCGAUAGUGUUUACGAUUUUGAUGACGUAACAGACGAUUUUGCUGACGUUGCCGAUAACUUUACUAUGAGGAUUGGCGCAGUGCCCGAAGACUUCCGAGUGUUCAACGGCCAUCCGAAUGUUACCGGUAAUUGUAAACAGGACUUUGGUUCGAAAUUAUAGCCCUGUGAACCGCCUCCUUGAAAAGGCGGCAAAUCAAUCAGAAUUGUGCAUUUUCGUACAUACGCGUGGGGAACAUAUCAUGUUUUAAUUGAGCUGUAUGAAUGCGAUUUCUUAAACAGAAAUAUCUACAAAAUUUAACGAGAAAAGGAUGCGUAACAUGUGUUUACAUCAGGAAAUUAGAAACGGGGAACUACAAAUCAUUGAAAAGGAAUCGACCACAAUAUCAACGCUUUUAAAAAGUGUUUUAACUGACUUUUGGCGGAUUUUAAAAACUUGACUGUAGUUCUUGCAAUAUUUCAAAUCCUUUUAUUCGACUUGAUGCAAAACAGCAUUUUAAUUGUAUUCGAAAUGAAGUGCCAUAUAUGUAGAUAAUUCAAAAAUCAAUAUGCCACAUAAAUUGCAUGGAUACCAUGGUAACUGGAGGGAAAUGUACAGCAGUAAUGUCAGGAACAAAUAGGUGAUAGAUAACAAACAAUGUUACUGGAUGCGUAACACGGAUUUUUAUUGGAUAACGUCAGGAAGGAUUCGAUUGGGUGAUGCAACGAACCUGUACUUGGUGAUGAUACGAUCGAUUGUAUUGGCUGUUGUCAUGAAGGUUUCUAUUUGAUGAUGUUGAUUUGUUUUAUUGAGUUAUAAACAAUAAGACGAAGGAUAGUGAGUAUAUGCAUUUUAAAAUAUUGGAUCGCACAUCUUAUGAAACGGCAUAUACAUGUAUACGAGUGAUUUUUUUUUAUCGAACUUAUGAAUAAGUAUUAAAUGUUGAAAAUAUCGGAUAUCUGUAGUCUUUUAACUGGGUUGUUGAUGAUAUUGUCGAAUACUCAUUGAAGGAUACGAUACAAAACGUGACAUGAUUCGUAAAUGUGGUACUUAAGAUUUUUUUUUCUGUUUAAAGUAUCUACAAAGAUGAGUGAGUUGACACGGGUGUUGUCUUUGUAUGGGAGUAGUGUGUGGUAUGAUAUAUUAUGGUUUACAGAAAUGAUCUCAAAUAUAUAGUGUUUAAACUUCAUUUGUAAAGUAAAGAACAUAUGUACAAGAUAUAUUGUAUGAUGGAUCUCGAGGUUUGUAUAUAUAUUAUACUCUAUAAUCUAUUAGGUAUCUUAACCCUUGUUCUGCUGUUUUUAAUAAUGGACUCGUCCAUAUCAACAGAUGGCAGAGUCUACUAAAUCUACAUAGGGGUGAUUGGGUAAAUGUAUAAAUAUAACCUAGUUUAUGACAGGUCUAAGGAUACAGUCUAACAAGCUUUAACCGCGGACCAAUAUAACCAGAACGCACGACUCCAUGUGCUCCAAGUUACCGUACUUACCCUGUUAUUAACUAAAUCUGAUUUAUUUACGGUAAAACCUCGUUAUACUGUCAUCGUUUGCCAAGAGAAAAUUUGACGUUAUAAAAGGAAUUGGUGAUUAAUUGAAUAAGAGAUAUAACGAGAUUCAUAAGGGAAAAAAGACUUACAUUGGCGAUAGCCGAUGUAGUAAAAGUAACGAGGGGCGCUACAUCAAGAUUGGCUGUUUUUCCACCAGAAAAUAUUAAUGUUUGAAAGGAAAUACCGUCAAGAUAUGUUUAUAGACAUACACAUUAUAUUUCUUUCCAAAAUCUGCCUCAUAGCGACGUUAUAAUUACAGUAUAGUAAAAUCGUUGUCAGGCUUAGGUAGAGGAAUAUCAGCACUGGUACUUCCUUGGUAGGGAAUUGUUUGUGUCCUCUCGGAAGUCUAUAAGGUCUGAAUAAAUUAACUUGUUAUUGUAAGAUAAAAAUCGAAUUUAAAAAACAAACAAACAAACAAACA